AGGAGCCAGCCCGCGGCGGCCGCUGCAGCCGCUGCACAAGGACAGGAGUUCUGCCGCCGGGGCAGCUGCGGGGCACGGGCUGCUCAGCCUCGCAUUCUCUGCCUUCUCUUCUUGUCCUCCUCCUCUUCUUCCUCCUCCUCCUAUCUCCACCGCCUCUGUGCAGCUUCUAAAAAGGAUUCCCAUCUCCCAGGAAGCAGAUUUGCAAGCAUUAGCAAGCCAGAAGAAGUCACUCAUUGCUUCUAAGGGUGGAGGACACGGGAAUCUCUGAUCAAUUCCUGGCCUGGUUUUCCCGGAUGGAACAAGAGGAAGAACUGGGUGUGUCUGAACUCCAGGACUCAGGGGACAGGGGGAUGGGCUCAGAUAUCGAGGACUCGGAGGAGAGGGGGAUGGGUUCAGACCUGCAGUACAUGGAUGAGAGAGAGGACGACUCGGAGGAGAGGGAGGUGGGCUCGGACCUGCUGGACGAGAAAUACAGAGAGGAGAACUCAGAGGAGAGGGAGAUGGUGACAGACAUCUACACAGCAGAUGACAGGCUGCUCAGUGAGGAAGAAGAGGCAGCUCUCCGUGAGGAAAAUGAAGAUGAUGUGGAAGAUCCUGAGGUGGUGGAGAUGGGGAUGUUCUCAGGAUUGUCAGAGUCAGAGAGCAUAACCCAGAGUCCCAGGGAGGAGGGUGAGAGUGCUGGAGAGAGCCGCCUGGAGGAGGAGGAAGAGCCCCGGAACCCACCUUGGAGGAGACGCCUCUCCAUAGGGAAGUGCCCUCGGGAGGGCAAAUCUGCUCAGCGCCGUUUCCAUCAUCUCCAUCACCCAAUGGCUGUAGACUUUGGAGAGCUCAACAGCUUGAUGGCCAGCAUCAUGGAAGCUCCCACCAUCUGCUCCGACUGUGGCGAAAGCUUCAGCCCCGGCACAGCCUUCCUUCAGCACCAGCGCAUGCAUCGCCUAGCCCAGGCGGCCACAGUGGCUGGUGUCCAGCCUUAUGGCUUUGCUACAGAAUGUGGGGGAGUGGUGGGGAUGGUGGGGCUGGGGGGUACAGGGCCCUUGGUGCCCCGAGCCCCAGGAGAGAAGCCAUACCGAUGCGGAGAAUGCGGUAAAGGGUUCAGCCGCAAUACAUACCUGACAAACCACCUGCGUCUGCAUACGGGCGAACGCCCCAACCUGUGUUCCGACUGUGGCAAGAGCUUCAGCUGGAGGGCAGACCUGCUCAAACACCGACGUCUGCACACAGGGGAAAAGCCGUACUCGUGCCCCGAAUGUGGGGAGGCCUUCAGUCUCAGCUCCCACCUGCUGAGCCAUCGGCGGGCCCACGCCGCAGCCAAUGGAGCAGGGGCGGCUGUGUUGCGACCCUUUGCUUGCGGGGAGUGUGGUAAGGGUUUCAUGCGGCGCUCUCAUCUGGCCAAUCACCAGCGUAUCCACACUGGUGAGAAGCCGCACGGCUGCGGGGAGUGCGGCAAGCGGUUCAGCUGGCGUUCAGACCUGGUGAAGCACCAGCGUGUACAUACAGGAGAGAAGCCCUACAUGUGUUCUGAGUGUGGGGAGACAUUCAGUGUCAGUUCCCACCUCUUCACCCAUAAGCGCACUCACUCAGGGGAGCGCCCCUAUGUGUGCAGUGAAUGCGGCAAGGGAUUUGGGAGGAACUCACACCUGGUGAACCAUCUCCGGGUGCACACUGGGGAGAAGCCCUUCGGUUGUGCAGAAUGUGAGAAACGCUUCAGUGACUUCUCUACCCUCACCCAGCACCAGCGCACCCACACUGGAGAAAAGCCCUAUGCCUGCGUUGAGUGUGGCAAGAGCUUCAUCCAGAGUUCCCACCUCAUCCGCCACCGACGCAUCCACACUGGAGACAAGCCACACAAGUGUACCAGCUGCGGGAAAGGCUUUCGCUACAAAACCCACCUGGCCCAGCAUCAGAAGCUGCACCUCUGCUAGGGUUUGUGGGGAGUGAUAUGGAUGGGGGUGGGGGUGGGACGUGGAAGGUCACCAGUUUGGGAGUGAGCAUGUGGGGAGAAGGGCACAUAUUCUCUAAAACAGGGAGUCCCUGAAAGUUGGAUAUUCUCUGGGGAGGCUUAUGGAGUAAAGGGUGGAACCCCAAAGUAUCAUGGGGACAUUUGAGGAGGAAGGGUUGGGGGGGGGAGUUUCUAGUAGUUUCAAUUAAAAAAAAAUCAGGAUAGAGAUCUGUAAUUGCCCCUUUACUCCCUCUCAUAAGAAAGGCGGUUGGAAUGAGCCACACAGUCAAGUCCUUUAUUGGGUAUGGUCAUUAAAGUGGUCAUUUUGGAGUCACCAAGAAAGGGGAUGGAGACUGAUGGGAGGGAAGAGAGAAGGCUAGUAUUGAGAGGGAAGGAGUGAAAAAGAGGAAGACAGCAAAUAGGGUCUUAAAUCAGGGAAGUGUGUGGUUACUAUGGAGGUGAAGGGAGGGAGAGAAAAACUGCAGGAAGGGAAAGGGAGGCAGUGAUUUGUGUUUCCUGGUUUAGGAUCCUUCUUUAACAGGUGCUCUAAUAAUUAAUUAAUGGUCCACCCCCUCAGGACUCCCUAUAGCCAUCUACAAAUCCUUCCUCUUCAACUUUUCCCUCUUCAGCCAAGGAAGGUAAAAUGUCACAUUAGGACUGGAAGGGAAAGUUUCAUUUCCUCCAUCCAUCCCUUUUCCCCUGGGCCAUAUUUAGCUGCUAUUUUGAGGCUUCCAGGGAAAUUGGAGUGAAAAGUAGCACAUUUCAAGGGAGAAAUUAGUAUCUGUGGAGAGAGAGCGGAGCCACUUCAUGAUUUGCUUUCUUUCGGCUUUUAUAGCCAGCGCAGCUUCUGCUACCGGUUUUCUGGUAUCCUCACCUGGUCCUCUGCCCAUGUACCAAAUAUACCCCACCUCUGUCUUGGAGUUUGAGUAGUAGGUCCAUGAUUUAUAUGAGGCCACACAUGUGUAACUUUAACGGAAGGGAGGCGGCCCUAAUCUGGAAUUCUGGGUUUGUUUUUCCUCAGUACAGUAUAAUGCUGGCUUUUUCAUGUAAACCUCAGAUAAUCUCGGCAGUGGAAACUCCAGCGGCAUUUUCCCACUUUGCUGGCCUCCUCUGAGGAUCCCAGGAGAGCAAAUCCACCAAGUUCAUUUUCCUUUCAUUCCUCUCUCGUUUUGCUUCUCACUUCUUGCCUUCCCCAGUUGAAGGCGAAGGAGAAACCCUGGGCUCUCCACAGUCCAGCUUUGCUCUGUUGGUAGUUCACAGAAGAAAUGUGGGGGAUGUUCCCUAAAAGAAGACCUUCUUUAUGGUACCACAGUGGGCAGUGGUUGGGAAAAGUAUAAAUGCAAACACUUAGGUAGCACCAGCAAAGAUUGCAUCCUGUUGGUGCUAACACAAAUGCCAAAUAGCACUUUUUAUACUUAGAAAGGUGUAUCAUUUUUGUUAGCAGAGCCAUUCAUCACAUUGCUUGUGAGAUCCAUCAGUAUUAUAGCCCCUGCCUUUUUUUUUCUUUUUUUUUUUUUUUUUGGGUGAGGCAAUUGAGGUUAAGUGACUUGUCAAAGGUCACGCAGCUAGUAAGUGUCAAGUGUCUGAGGCUGGAUUUGAACUCAGGUCCUCCUGACUCCAGGGCUGGUGCUCUAUCCACUGUGCCACCUAGCUGCCCCUUAUCCCCUGUGUUAAAGAAGACCAAGGUAUGGAAACCUGAUCCCCAAGAGAGGCCAGGGUACAUCUGAUAGAUCUAGGCUGGCCUCUCUCUGCUUUGAGUUCUGACUAACUGGGAAAAUUGUUGCCUAUUUCGAGUGCUUUUUCUAAAUUCUUGGGAAAAUCUAGGGCUAAUCUAGAAAGGAACAGGGAAGGCAUUACCUCAUGUGUAAGACUGGCCUUUUUUAGCCAUGUGUUAACAAAAGCAUUCUGGAUCAAAAACACCUUUAGAAGGGGAACAAGUUAAAAAUAAAGUGGACCAGUAAGUGCCCUUUAUCUCCCAUGGACUCUGCUUUGGGAAUUCCAACUCCAAGACUAUCAUUGAAGCUCUUGACAGGGUUGGCACAGGUUGGCUAAGGAUUUCCUUAGAAUUAAUGUGGGCAGUUUUAUCCUGGGAGAACUUGAAGGGAACUAUACAAAAAGGGCAUGUUUAUACUACUGCAAACAAAAACCCAUCAACUUAAACAUUUCAUUUUUAAUUGAAUUGAGUUGAGAAUUCUGGUCUGUUGCAUAUGCCCUGGUAACUGUACCACUCGUGUCUCACAGGUGCAAAUGAACAUUUGAAUUAUCAAUGGAAUUUUGGAAGGCUUUCCCCUCCCCCCCCCCCGAAAAAAAACCAAAACAAAA